AUGCGGACUUCGAAAUUUGCCGACGGCAUCCGUGGAUGCACUUUCGGCACGCUUACCAUUUUCGUACUUCAGUUAUUGCUGGUUCUACAAUCAGUUGAAGCGCUUCAGAUUCCUCGCAUUAUAGAGCACCCCAUAGACACUACCGUGCCACGGCAUGAACCUGCCACACUUAACUGCAAAGCGGAAGGGAUACCCCAGCCGUCAAUUCAGUGGUACAAGGAUGGCGCACCAUUGAAGAUACUCCAGGGAUCCCAUCGGAUAGCAUUGCCUGCUGGUGGUUUAUUUUUUCUGAAGGUAGUAAACUCGCGCAGGGAGAGCGAUGCUGGUGUAUAUUGGUGCGAAGCUCGGAACGAGAAUGGAAUCGCUCGGAGUCGGAACGCUACUCUGCAAGUAGCAGUACUUCGAGAAGAAUUUAGACUCGAGCCACAACAUACAAGGGUGGCCCAGGGUGAAACAGUACUUCUGGAGUGUGGCCCUCCAAAGGGUGUUCCAGAGCCGACACUUUCCUGGCGUAAAAAUGGACAAAAGCUAGAUGUUGAAGCGUCAAAACGCAUACGAGUGGUAGACGGUGGUAACUUAGCUAUACAAGAUGUACGCCAAACAGAUGAGGGACAGUACCAGUGCAUCGCAAAGAACUUGGUCGGCGUACGAGAAUCAGCGACAGCGUUUCUUAAAGUUCACAUUAAACCAUUUUUGAUUCGCGGUCCGCAUGACCAAACGGUCGUGGAAGGUGCGUCGGUUACGUUUCAAUGCCGCGUCGGAGGUGAUCCUAUGCCGGAUGUGCUAUGGCGUCGAUCAGCAUCGGGAGGUAAUAUGCCAUUAGAUAGAGUUCACAUUCUCGAAGAUAGGAGCCUUCGGUUGGAAAAUGUGAUCCUAGACGAUGAGGGCGAGUACAGCUGCGAAGCGGACAAUGCUGUUGGCGCCAUAUCAGCUACAGGAACACUAACAGUGUACUCUCCUCCUCACCUUUCCAUAAGGCCGGUGCCGCAGGUAGUGGAAAUUCCUCACGAUGUAUCUUUUGAAUGUAAAUCCGAUGGUCGUCCAAAGCCAACCACAUUUUGGUCGAUCGAAGGAAACCGGACGCUGAUUUUUCCUGGAAUGUCGUUCGAUCGUUUUGAAACGACAUACACGCAGGAAAGUCUAACUGUUUUGACAAUUCCGCAAACGACAAAAGCUGAUAACGAUCUCGUGGUUGUUUGCAAUGCCGUGAAUGCUGUGGGCUCUAUAAGCGUUCGUGCCCGACUGAUGGUCGCCUCACAGGACGACAGACCACCUCCCAUAAUUAUAUUGGGCCCUACGAACCAAACACUUCCUGCCAAGUCGGCAGCAGCCAUGCCUUGUAAGGCAGUGGGUAAUCCCAAUCCAAUAAUUUCGUGGUACCUCGACGGUAAUCCGGUAGUGCCAUCGGAACGAAUCAAUGUUACAGAAAAUGGAACGCUACUGUUACGAGAACUUGAGAAGAGCCUCGACCAAGGGCUCUACACCUGUGUGGCUAGUAGCCGUAGUGGAAAAUCCACCUGGAGUGCCUAUCUACGCGUGGAAUCUCCAACGAAUCCAAAUGUUAACUUUUAUCGUGCACCAGAACCCUCCGAAUUCCCAAGUGCGCCCGGGAAACCACAAGUAUAUAGUGUUACCAAUAAUUCCAUCACCAUCUCCUGGUUGCCGAGCAUCAAGUCUGGUGCUUCUGACAUUAACGGCUAUUUGAUAGAAGUAUUCUCGAGCGAUAUGGCGAAGGGAUGGACAACGGUUCCGUUCAAGGUAUCGUCCACGAGUUACACUUACGCUCCUGUGUCACCAAACGUAAGCUACAUUUUUAUCGUUCGGGCCGAAAAUGACCAAGGACUCGGCAUUCCCAGCCUCAUGUCUGAUGCCGUGACGAUUGGGAGAGAGUUUAAUCACGGUGAAAACAUCAAUCUCAGUGAGGCACAAGCCACUCUUUCUUCGGAUCGUGUAGUGAAUCUGCUCGAGGCAAACGCCACGAAUGCAACCAGCGUACGGCUUGUCUGGGAAAUCAUUAAUGGGCAGUACGUAGAGGGAUUCUACAUCUACUCGCGUGAAAUAAACUCAAACGGCACGUAUCGUACUCUAACAGUGCUACACGGUGGUGGUGCUUCUGCUUGCACAAUAAACGGGUUAGAUAAGUUCACAGAGUACGAGUUCUUCCUUGUGCCCUUCUUCAAAUCAAUCCAAGGCCGUCCAUCGAAUUCUAGAUCAGCCUGCACCUUGGAAGAUGUUCCAUUGACACCUCCAAUAAAUCUAGAAGCUGUACUUUUGAACACCUCUGCCGUGUACCUUAAAUGGGAUCCUCCUCCUAAUAGCACAAUCAAUGGAAAACUGAAAAAUUAUCACAUAAUCAUUCGAGGCUAUGACAUGCACAAUAUUUCGAAGGUUCUCACCAACAUGACAGUUGAUGGCGAAGCGCCAAAGUUACUGCUCGCGAAUCUUUCUGCUGGUGUAACUUAUUCUGUCAGCAUUGCUGCGUCAACUAGAAUCGGUGUAGGUCCUUACAGCAUUCCAUCGAUCUUAAGGCUGGAUCCGCACACUAAACGCCUUGAUCACGGGUAUACUAGAUAUCCAAUCAACCAUGAUUAUUCUCAUGAUAUUCUCACGCAAACGUGGUUUAUUAUCCUCCUCGGAUCCAUAAUUGCUAUCAUCGUUUUCCUGUUCGGGGCUAUUAUUAUCUUCCGUCGAAUACAGUUUAUGAAGCACAGUUCAUUGAACAAUAUGCACGGUAAUCACGCAAUCGGAACUGUUCGAAAAUUCCCCACACUUCCUUUAAAUCCGAAUGGCGUUUGGAUUGAUCCAGGAGGUGGUGUCUGGCGACAAGCCUCUGAUGUGACUAAAGAAGCUAUCACUGAUUAUGCACAGGUGACUGCAGCUCCAACGCUUCCUCUACCAGAUUACGAAAGGCUGUCCCCGUUGAAUAUGCCUGACUACGCGGAAGUGGCCGGUUGUUCAUCAUUCAAAAAUGAUCUGGGACAAACAGAGCCUUGCUACGACAACUACGGGGCCUACGCGUCGACCACGCUGGUCGGACGGUCUACGCAACUGUUCGCUCAAAAUCAAUUCGACGGCAAAAAUGUCUACUCGGCACCCUCGGCAGCCACAGGCAGUGGAUGUCACUACAAUAAUUUCAUAAAUCAACAACAUCAGCAGCAACUGCAGCCAGCAGCGGGAGUAGCGGCAUCGGUAUCGGCAUCAUCCCAGUACGGUCUCCACGGACCACAGCAGCUGCACUCUCAGCACACCCUGUCUCAUCCGCAUCAGCAGCAAAUUGGAGUGCACGACAAGCGCGAGAGAGAUGCCAACGGUCGCCCGAUCGGUGGCGGAGGAAGCAUGAAAAGCCAGAAAAUGAACAUCAUCGAAAAUCGGAUGGCCGACAUGUUGAACAAUUUGAAUCAAUGCUCGCCGUCGGGCCCCGCGGCUAGCUACGGUGGCAUGGGAUCAUCGUACGGUGGCUCUACGGUAAGUAAUCUCAACACUGGCAGCCACUGUAGCCUACUUCCGGCGGGCCAACCGAUGGCAGCAUCAUCCACGAUGGCGAUGGACGUGAUGAGCGGUAUGCCUGUAGGAAGCAGUGCAAUGGGUGGUAGUGGCAGCAGCAGUGUCCCUCAUACGCCGCUUUUUGGCACGAUUAAACGAACGGCGAAGUACAACAAAAUAGGCUACAAUAAGGAUAAUAAACUCAAUUUUGGCGAUAAUGGUCGAUCGGUCGACCAGCCGUUGUUCGUCAAGUCCAAGUACGACGGUACCUGGUCGUCCGUGCCAAGCUCUGUCACGACAGCCUCAGUAAGCAGCAUCAACAUGAUUAAUAAUUCGCCAUAUCAACAGCUGCAUCAUCUACUUCCACACCAUCCACACGCCAGUGGCGCUCAUCAGCAGCCGCCAUUGUCGGCCUCACCUUGCCCACCUCCACCGCCGCCACCCCCACCACCAACGCAGCCUUUCGCUGCUACACAAGCGCCUUCAGUAGUUUCGCAUUUUCCAUCAGGGCACCACCUCCUAUCGACGGCAGCAUCGUUCCACGGAAAAGAACCUUCCCGAUCUCGCAAAUCGCCAACGAGACACGGUGCGCUCACAAAUAAUUUAGAUAAUCAUCCUAUACAGGACACUAACGAUGCAGUUAACAUUGUUACUAAUGGCCAAGUUGCCGCUAGCGGCGCGAUGCAUUCAAAAUAUUCGACGGGCUAUACUAAAACAGAAAAUGCAUAA